AUGUCUGACAUUGAAAAGAAUCCUACAUUUUCAGAUACUACCUCUGUAUCUACUUUGUCCACCCCCAGGGGUCCCAAGUAUAUCACCUGGAUAUAUAAACUUGACUCCUUUGGGGUUGAAACGAGAGGGAUUGAGCGGGUUUCCGGCGAGGAAAGACAAAGAAUUGCCCAAUCCACCUCCAAGUACGUUCAGUUUGGUCAAGUGAUUGGUCUUUGGAUCGCUGCAUGUGGUGGGUUAACCUCCAUGAGUUCCUACUUUUUGCCUACUUUACUUCUUGGAUUAAACUUGAGAGAUGCGUUGGUGAGUGGGUUGAUUUCUAUGAUUAUUGGAUGUCUUAUCCCAGCAUAUUGUUCCACUAUGGGCCCAAAAUCUGGAUGCAGACAAAUGGUGACUGCAAGAUUCCUCUUUGGACAAUGGGGGGUCAAGUUUGUGGCGUUGAUUGCUAUUGUCGGUGGUAUUGGAUGGUCUGUGGUUAAUUGUGUUUUAGGUGGACAAAUGUUGGUAGCUAUAAAUGGGAACAUCUCCUUGGCGGUUGGUAUUGUUGUGAUUUCAAUUGUAAGUUUGAUUGUCGCCAUUUUUGGGAUCAGAGUAUUGUUGAAAUUUCAAACCAUAUUGGCAAUCCCUAUUAUCAUUGCCUGUAUUUUAUUUUAUGUGGUUGUGUGUCAGAAAAUGGACUAUAUCCAUGAUUCAAACGAAAUGAUUAAGCAAGCAGGGUACUCUGCAUUAACCACUAGAGGCAACUGGUUAUCAUUCUUUGCCAUUGGGUAUAGUAUUACUGCUACUUGGGGAUCGGGUGCGUCUGAUUAUUACAUCUUAUUCCCCGAGAAUACUCCUUCGUACCAGAUUUUCUUGGUUACUUUCUUUGGUAUUAGUAUUCCAUCCACAUUUGUUGCUAUUGUCGGUACUCUCUGUGGAACAAUUGCUCUUUCAUACAAACCAUGGAACGAUGCAUACAAUACACUUGGAGUUGGUGGGUUAAUUGUAGAGACUUUCUCACCAUGGGGCAGAUUUGGAAAGUUUGUUGCUGUGAUUCUCUACAUUUCCUUAAUCUGUAACAACAUCAUGAACACCUACUCCAUUGCAUUUGAGUUUCAAUUAAUUGGUCAAUACUUGUUGUACAUUCCUAGAUGGGUGUGGGCAUUCAUUGUCACUGCCAUAUACAUUGUCCUUUCACUUGCUGGUAAGGAGCACUUUCUGACUAUUUUAAGUAACUUCUUGCCGAUGUUGGGAUACUGGAUCUCGAUGUACAUUGUUCUCCUCCUUGAAGAGAACUUGAUAUUCCGCUCCACUAUAACAUCGCGAAAGAUGCAUGAGAGCGAAUACAGCGGCGGGAACUAUGAUAUGUUGUACAAUUGGAACAAUUGGAAUAAACCCAAGGGAUUGACUCGAGGUGUUGCUUGUGCUUUGGCAUUUGCCUGUGGGGUUGCUGGUGCUGUUAUCGGUAUGAACCAAGUGUAUUACCAAGGUCCGUUGGCCAAGAAGAUUGGUGAUUAUGGUGGUGAUUUAGGAAUGUGGUUGUCGUUUGGAUUCACGGGGAUCACCUAUCCUGUGUUUAGAUAUUUUGAAUUGAAGCAGUUUAAGAAGUAGGGGACUUAGUCUCCUACUUCUGCAUAGAUAAUAUUACGUCCACCGCUUCUGCAUAGAUAAUAAUUAACCUCUAUAAUCAAUAGUUGAUUUUGCAACUUGU